UUUACAGGCUUUUGCCGAUAGUGGUGUUGGAUGGGUGACUCAACAAUCCAUUCGUCGUAAUCGGGACGCGUUUUUGCUAAUAAUCGGAGGAUUGGUGCCAAGAACUGUCCACUUUGAUUCCAGUGUCAGUUACUGAUGGCGCUCGUGCUCGCGUCCCUGCUGGUUACCUGUCCAUGCGCAAAAUAGUGCUCAUUUAUAUGCGACAAUAACCGAUAUUUUCUGAAACCACACAUCUGUAUGCGAUACCACUGAGAGAAGGAAACGAACGCGCGCGCAUCUACGUCUCGUCGUGGCCGCAUGAAUAUUGUUGCUUGUACUGUACAUUGCAUUUUCGUAACACUAUAAUAUUAUGAUUAUCUUAUUAUAUUACUAUUAUAAUAAUCGAAUGAAAAGUGAAACGUCGAUACUAAUUAUAAUGCGGUGUACAGUAUUAGAUAGAAUAGCCAAGUUAGAUAUUGGUAGUGACGACUCUCUUUCACUUUGUUGGAGACUGUAACGAGACUGCACGUUUGGUCACGUCAACACGACUUCGAUACGCUUCGUAAUUACUAUGGAAAUUCUGGCUAUAUAGAGAACUGCAACUUGAAAUCAUGCUCAAGUCAGACCCAAUUAUUUUCAGAACUGUUCGCCUAUUCACAGUGUUAUACACUCGGUCUUUGGUUAUGAUCGAAAAUCAGGAAAUCGUCUACUUCAUUGUUACGCACUUUUUGCGUCCUUCUAUAACUGUGCAUCUGUCAUUGGCAGUGUUUUUCCUUGUUGGCCUUAUACAGCGAGUAAAUAAAGUUUGUAUAAUUAUGUGGGCCCCGACACUUUCUUAAAUAGUAAGGUGAAUCGCGCUUAUGUUCAGAAGUGAAGGGGAGCGUCUUGGCAGCAUCUCAUAUGUCGACAGUGUUGUGGGAAUGAUCUCAGAUGUAGUUCCUGCUGGUGUAGGACCUCUAACCGUUGGACCGCUGGGAACCGGAACUGGCUCCCGAAAAACGCACUACCGAACCCAAGAGAUGGUUAAUUGGGUUAAGAUGAUAAACACUGAUGUGUUGGAGGAGACAGGAUGCCUUGUCAUCGGAAUGGGAUACGGUGACGGUAUACAGCUAUUUUCGGUCGGCGUUAACGGUGAAGCGCGUACCAUUCUGUCGCGACGUAAUUCGAGUCCAGUGAAAGAUUUCUGUCUUCUUCCACCUCCCGUCAAACAAUCGGGUAAAAGCAAAUGCACCAGAGACGCAUUUCCGGUGGAACGUCCGCUAGCGGCCCUUUGCGAGUUGAACGCCAUCUCAGUACUGUCCUUGCACAACGGUGCUAUGCGGCAUUCGCUCACCCAUAACGCUCAACGGGUGGUCGCUUCAAGACACGCUCUAGCCGCCUCAUGCCAGAUGCAGAUUGUCGUAUUUGCCUCAAAUGAUUUUAGUCUGCUUUUCGUGCUUCCUUCAGGCGGGCAAGUACCUGUUGCCAUUGGAAACAGAUGGCUAGCAUAUGCCGAAAAAACGCUUUCACACUCGCAGGCCACGCCCGGUGGCCUAAUCAGUGAGGACCCGGCGUCGGUAACCGUGACGGUCAUACAAACAGCUAAGAUCAUCAAAGCCGGUCUAACUAGGUUGGGUGAAACUGUGACCAGCAGUUGCUCACCGCCUCGUCGGGGCAACGCUCACUUCAGUCAGGGAAUCGUGAGUGUUGUUGAUGUAGCCGCGACCGAUACGGAUCGGAUGCUUCUGCAUUUUUUGGCGCAUAGGGACCCAAUCACUUCAUUGUGCUUUGAUGCAGCGGGCAGUUUGCUCAUGACAGCUGAUACUCAGGGCCGAAAAUUUCACGUUUUCCGACUUCAACCGCAUCCUGCUGGCUCUACUCAUGCUAAGGUGGAGCUGUUGUACGUUUUGCAGCGAGGAGACACUACGGCAACCGUCUGGGAUUUAGCUUUCUCACUCGAUUCGCGUUGGGCAGCCGCAGCCACUGCACGAGGAACUGUUCACGUGUUCCCCAUUGCGCCGUACGGAGGUCGGGCAUCGGUGCGAACUCAUUUAGCGCCCCGCGUUGUUAACAAACUAAGUCGAUAUCACCGUAGCGUAGGCGUGGAUCGAGACUCGGACUCACUCAUAGUUCAACCAGCGGUGCAGAUCCGUCACACCCUCAAUCUCGGUGAUAAUGAAGUUGGCUCCCGAAAGGGCGACGGAAUGUUGCUUUCCAUGGGAUUCUCGUCGGCACGCGCUUGUUGGCUCACUAAUAAUAAGGCGCCCUUACAAGCGCCUAACCAGGACUCGUUGUUUACGGUGACCACGUCCGGGGCCUUGCUCGAGUACAUUCUUGAGUUGCGUCCGCAGAUGACCGAAAGCGGCACCAUUGGAGGUCGGGCGAGCGACCAGGAGACUGGCAUUGAUGUGGCUGCCCACCAUGUAGCUGAAUGGCAGUUGCUAAUACCAAAUACUGUAGCCGGCGCGACGACUUGCAAUACAAGCAGCGGUCCGAACGCCGCCCACGGGGGUACGAAUACGGGACUGAAUCCACCGACAAAACGAGUUCCACCGCAGGGUCGGCCUCAGGGUGGGGGCGAGGGCGCCAUUACGCCAGGAAAACAUAGCGGAUAUUGGAUGAGUCAAGUGGAAAUUGUUACAUAUGCUCCACCACAUCGGCGGCUAUGGAUGGGCCCUCAAUUCUCGUUUAAACCCGGUCACCAGCAGGGUGGCGCUCUAGCUCUCCAUGAUUCUUUAGUAGACGGUGGUCUUAUUGAGGUGGAAUCAUCACACGAUCUGAUCGCCGAGCAUAUGGCGGACGCUAUGUCCGAACCAGAUCUCCCUCCUCGCUAUCAUAGCGGUAGCAUGGAGACGGGUGUACCGGGUGUACACUCCUCUGCCGAUUCGCUUUAUCAUUCACCUAGCCAAAGUUCCGAGCACCUCCUAAUCUUCGAGGGCGACAUGGAAUCGCUAUGACAACAACAGUAACAACGCGCUCGAGCCAUCUAGUUUAUCGAAUCAGCCUGGGAGAACAGCAGGAGAUUGCGUUCCUACUUUUUUGUUUUUUAUGUAAGUUAACAUAUCUUGCGAACCAGAACGAUCACUGGUUAUGCAUUCAGUGUAACAGGCACAUGAAAAGUUAUUCGUAGCCGAUAAAUUGAAAGUACGGCACAAGAAGUUGUUAUGUAGAUAGUUAGGUCGUUUAUAGGUGCUGAUCAAAGACUUUCAACUUUAGAACGGUCGGAAGCUUCGAACAGAGCCGAUUUGGUUUAAACGAUUAAGCUAAUAAUAUUUAUAUCUCAUAGUGGUAACCUAAAGUUACAUAUGUAUGUAGUGUAUUGAUUUACAACUUUGUCGCGCGUGUUUCGGUAUAGCCAAAACCUUGGCUCAAAGUAGUUCGCACAGAAAAUUCUCAAAAAAGUAAGCAAGCUGAACCUUAGUGACGCUCCUCAAAUUCUGAAAAGUUCAAUUCUCUUCAAUCAUUAACGAGGAAAAGCUUGUGCAAUGCUCCUAGCCGUUUCCUGAGUAGUUGCAUCGUGAACUUGUUGCGCUUACAGCAUGAGAAGUAACAGAAGAACUAGCCCAGGACAAUUUCUGUUCCCUUCGAAGAAAACUGAAUAUGCUAUUCAAGACAGUUCUCAUUUUUGUGUUUAGUACCGUUGCAGUAUGUCCACGAGAGCUAGCAUUUUGAGGCACUGGGCUACUGCAAAAUCUCGAGAAAAAUGAACCGACUCAAAGGAAAGAGCAGAGCAGCUUUUUAUUGAAUGAAAUGGGCGUGCCCAGGUCAACGUUGGGCAGACAAUGGUAUUAGCACUUGCAAGAGGCGGAACUAUGUAAACAACAAUUUGGUGGACUCGCCUGAAAAAAAUGUAAUAAAAAACAGCAACAACAAUAAGAACAACAACACAGCAAACACCCUUAGCGAGUUUCUAUUUUACUGCGCGAGGUCGCCGUGCUAAGUAAAAGAAAAAGCGCGACACCGUUGUGAGUUAAGGAUACAACCGAAAAAUGUUUGUUCAUCUAUGUAAGUGUCACUGAUUGCUACUAGGCAAACUUCUUCGAGCGGCAGAUCUGUGUGCAUAUAAAGUACGAAAGUGUUAGCGCGUGUGCUUUACGCAAAUGUGUUUUUCUUCCAGAGAAAGCUCCGCUGAGCUGAAUGAAUCGCCUUGAACUCUGAAAAGGCUGUCUGUCUAUGUCCUUACGAUGGACGCUCAACAAUGAAUGCCUAAAUGCAGUGGCUUGGCGCAUGAUCGUUUCAUAAUGUGAUAUCAUAGACUAGUAGAUUAGCCAUUGCAGGAUGCGUGAUUAUGAUGAAAAGGAUAUAUCAAACCACACAGAUGUCUCGACCAUUCUGAUAGUAACUACGACGAAUAUUGUCAGUAUAACGAUGCCAAUGAAAUGACGCCUGGCUGGUAUUAUUAUUAUUGCAUCUACUAUUAAUAUAAUAUUAUACUACCAUAUCGCUAUUGUCUUACACAAUAUAAAUGCUAUUAUUUGAAAAUGUGGCAAGAAUUCAUGUCGAUGUAAGUGAGUAAAUAGAGUAGCAAGCAACCUGUGGACAGUUCUUACGAUGCAACCGACAAUGAGCAAAAAAAUAAGGCAGAAAUUGCUGGACGGGAGAAAAGAAAAGGCAAGCGGAUGCAAGCGUCAAUCGUGUGCUGUAUUACUUUGAUAAUAUAAACGAAAGGGAUGGUAGGUUAGAUAGUGUUAACUAAGCGGGUGAUACUAACUACCAAAAAUGCUCGCGCUGAGUCCAGUUAUGAGUUGUUAUGAUGCGUGAUGAAAGACGACACAUUGUGCUUUUCUUGCAACGAUAAUAAUAAUAAUUAUUACAUUGGUAGUGUAAUAAUAGAGUAGGGCAAUUGGACCUGUGAACUAUUUUGAAUGACGGUCGGCAAAAAGAAAGGGACAUGAAACAUUUAGAAUAUAUGACUAGAUACGGUUAAAUGAUCGUGUGGUGAUCAUCGGUCGUAAGUGCCAGAGACAUCCUAAUUAGUUUGAUUUCGAGAUACUGUUAACAAGCAGAGAAUGUGACAACGUUGGUACAUUAAAACGAAAAAUCUUUCUUAAUAUGCUGAUACUACUGUAUGUCAGUACGUUUUUUCCUUUGUCCAGAUUAGCUGUAGGCUUCAAGGUGAAGGCCAUAGUUAGGCAGCAGAACUUACACGUGUCAGAGACGAGAACAUAGAUUACAGUUGGAAAAUGGCCCACAAUGAAUUGGGUUCGAUUGUCGCCUCAUUCACAGAUGGUUAGAAUGACGCAUUUGUAUCUCAGUUUUAAAAUGUCUGUAGAUAUCUGCGCGGGUUGCUUUGGCAGCUUUUUUAAGCGUCAGACAUACGUUUUCGAAGUCUAGUAGUCAAUUGUUAAGAAUUGAGAAACAUAACAAGGGAAUGACACUUGAAUUGCUAACAACGUACAUGUAACAACACUGUCAAACGCCUGUCUGAAAUCACUGUACGAUUGGAUGGCUGUCUCAUACUAUAUUUGAUAGAAUAGCAAAGAUACAUUAAAUAUAAAACAAACAAAUAAGAUGUUUAAAAGGUUAAACAUACUUUAGCUACUACCACCGCAAAAAAAAGACGACCUAACGCAAUUUCGGUUUAGCGAUCGUUACAACGAUCACACAUGAUAAUGGACCAGCAGAUAACGUACAGGUAGAAAAUUCACGAUGUCCGAAGCGUAAAGUGCUCUAUGACGCUGACUGACGAAUAACAUCAACGACAUCGGUGGCGAUGAUCAUAAUAAUUGUUGUUAUUGAUAGCAAUGACGUUUGAAAAUAGAUGGGGCCGGAGAAGAAAACGACCAUGCUGCGCUCCGAUAAAACGAACGCUAAACAGUGUGAAAUGAUAAAAUUAUCUCUGAAGUUAGAUUUACUACUGUCAUAAUAGUAAUACUACUAGCAAGAAACCUGUACAUUACAUUGUACUUUUUAUUUCUUCUUAUUACGCGUCUGCUUCGAUAUACGCGGAGACAUUUGUAGUCUCACACUUUAUAAUGUAGCUAGCACUCAACUGAGAGUCGCUCCACCCAGAUCGCGACUAUUGAGCCUAUCGAUUUCGAUUGCGCACCAAUGCGAAACUCACCUGGGCAUGGCCCUGGAAAACAUUUCAGUAGAUAAGUGCGACAUGCGAUUAUGUUAACAUCGCCUUUAUUUCGGAACCUCAGCCGUUGUAUAUUUCUUAUUACUACAGAUGCAAAUCAGCCAAUGUUUAGUCCUUAGCGUUGAGAGGCGCAGUUGCAUUCGACGAGAAUAAGCGAAGCCAUGAUAAGGGGCAAUUGCAGAAAAGAGCUCUCUCGAUGGUCACGAGAUCGGUACGAAUAAAUGAUGAUGUUGAAAUAUUAUCUGUGAAAUGCACAUAUAACGACAAUGGGUAAAACCAAAAAUAAUUUUAUAAGAAAAAUUUUAAAAAUUCUUGAUAUCGAACAAGUCGAGUCGUUUGCUUUGAGAGGGAAAUACAAAUGACUGUACAGCAAGCGACUUGCAGAUACAGAGGGAGUUCGCCCAAAAGGAGCGUAAACAGCUGUUACAUAUUUGAUAAGGACUGCAUUAUCUAGGAAACACUGUAGGGUUCGUUUGGCUCAAAACAAAUUUUGAUUGUCCUACAUAAUCGAGCUUCUUAGACAUUAUGAAUUAAUUUUGUGAUCUAAGUUAAUCGAGACUAAGUUAUGGUUCCAGGUUAGUUCCCGUGUUAGAGCUUCUUGUGUGCGAAGACUUUAGAAAUGACUUAUUUUUAUUUGAAAACUUUGCUUGUAUAGGUGCGCUGAUGAAAGGGAGCCGUCAUUAAUUUCCGUGUCGGCUUGCGCAAGCCAUUAAGCUCUAUUGAGUAAGCUUAAGACAGUGUGUCUAUGAACAGACGAAUAAACUAUACGGAAGGCGUUCAGCAUACCGCGCGUUAGACUCUCUUCGAUUCUCUCCAUUGGUUGCUGACAGGCUAUAGUCGAAGAAAAAAUAUAAAAAAAAAAACAUUAGAAAGCACACGAC